GAAAGAGAAGCUAUACUAUAGAGCUUGACAAAUGGAACAAUAAAUGGAAAUAUACACAACAGCAAAUAAUAUUUACAAAUGACAGCGUGCUAGACGAUAUUGUCUUCUAUAACUUUACUUACAUUUUGAAUUGGAAUUCUGACUACCUGUGAUUUCAAUCUGUAUCAAUGAGCAUAUUAAUCAAGAUGUUGCUUGGACAAUGUUGCUGUCAUAAUUAUUGCCCUGCCAUAUUCAUAAUUUUGUUCCUGUCAUGGGAAGGUCUUAACGGGGAGCUACUUCCGGGUUUCAGCAUACAGGCGACUAAAGAACUUACAGUGCAGCGUGGGCUUUGUGUGUACAUUCCCUGCAGAUUUACAUAUAGCACACAAUAUGGAGAUUUAGUAUCAGCAGAUUCCCAGACGAUCUGGUUUAGAAAUUAUGAGUUUUAUUUGUCUUCUAAACCUGUUCUACUAAAUCCACUAAAUGAACAAAUUAAACAAGGAGACUGCUCCCUGAAAAUCAGUGAUGUAAGCAUGGAAAAUCAGGGGGAAUAUUAUUUUAAGAUUGAAGGAACAGAUCGCUUACGAUUUAACUAUGGUGAUAUCAAACCCUGCAUAUCAGUGACAGAGCUUACAGAAAAACCUCAAAUUUCCCCUGAUGAAACCCUGCUUGCUAAUAAAGAGGUGACACUGACAUGUAUAGCUCCAGGGAGAUGUGCUGGGACUGCUCCAAUUAUCACAUGGGAAGGAAAUUUAAGUAACAGAACAGUCGCUUAUAACAUGAUGUAUACAGAUGGUAACAGCACCUACUACUCAAAUAUCACUUUCACUCCAUCAUAUAAAGAUAACUCUGCAUCUCUUACUUGUAAAGUCACCUACCAAUCCCCUGGAUUCCCAACCACCAGCGAUAAAAUGACUCUAAAUGUUGGAUAUGCGCCAAGAAGACCAGUGGUAUAUAACUCAAAUGGAACUGUUUUGAACGAAAAUGAUCAGGAACUUUAUGAAGGGUCCUCUUUUUUCAUGAAAUGCACUGCUGAAAGUUCUCCACCUGCCACAUUUUACUGGCUGAAACCUAAUAAUUAUGUUUUAGAAGGACAUGAAAUAAAUGUGAAUGGUCUUUUGGAAACUGAUUAUGGUUUAUACAUGUGCAAAGCCACAAAUAGGUUCGGGACUUCAUCCAUCUCUGUCAACAUCAUCCGUAAAAGCAAUUGCAGGUGUGUGGAUUCCAAGAUCAUUGUUGGAAUUGCAGUUGUGAUCAUUGUUCUUAUAUUAUUGAUUGGUCUUGGAAUCUUCUGCUUUCUUAGGAGAACAAAGAGCAAAGGCAAAAAAGGUGAUAAAGAGGAAGGCCAUGAAGUUAAUGAAGGAUCAAAUUCAGUGUACCAGGAUAUAUUGGUUUUAAAGGGACAAACAAGUGACAUAUACCACACAUUAAAUAUGGAGAAAUAAAGAAGGUUUCCUGCUUAUCAGCUUUCGGGUCAACCAUUCAUAAAUAUAUAUAUAUAUAUGUAAUUUGUCUUAAAUGAAAGUUUUGAAAUGUCUCCUGAGCUAAUUUUCUUAACAUAAUAUCAUGAUUUUAAGGAUUCAUUUAUUUUAAACAACCUUUAAGAAGAGUUUUCCACAACUGUCCUUUUUCCCCCAUAUAUUUACAUUUUAGGAAUUAUGCACAAUUUGUAGCAAUGGAUAAUCUUGCUUCUCAAUUGAACAGACCUUUUUCUAUACAUUAUUCUUAUAAGUGGUAUUAACUGUAUUAACCUUUCUUAUAUUGAUUAUAUAUUCAACACGUUAAAUAACAAGUUGGCUAAGAAUGAUUUUUGCUUAUUUUUAAAUAUGUUCAUAUAU